UUAGUUGUGUAAAGAUUUGUUUGUUGUAAGAAAGGCGUUUACCAUGGACGGAACUCUUUACUGUAAUGACAAAAAAUGUCACAGAUCUCUCACAGGUUCAGACAAAGCAUGGAUAACUAGUUGUAGCCAUAUAUUUUGCAGAGAGCAUUUUCCAUCUGGACCAGCUUCUGUAAGGAAGUGCCCUUGUUGUUCAAAGGAUUUGUCAGCAAAACAUGAUGUUUAUGAAAAAAACCUAAACCCGUCAGACGCGUAUCAAUCGGUUGCUUUAGCAGGAUUUAGCCCUUCUACUAUUCUGGAAAUUGGAUUUAACGCGUUGAAAUUUUUGAAUUUUCAAUCUUUUCAUGAGAAAAUGUUCUUGCAAAGCUACAUAAAACGCCAAAAUGUUAAGUUGGCCAAGUCAGAAGUUCAACAGACCGAAAAGGAAGCAUAUUACCAAGCAAAGAUUAAUGAAUUAAAAAAACUUAUACAGCAACAAACACAAAAAUGUGAAACCCUUCAGAGAGAUCUUGAUAACUAUUUGAAGAAGACACAUUAUCUGGAGGAAAAACUACAACUUUCAAACAGGAUGCUCCAUGAGAUUCGGGUAAAAUAUGCAACUGGACGAAGGCAACAUUUUCUUCACGGUGAUCCAGUAGACCAGCCAAGGAACAUGAUGUACAGACGAGACGAUGGCAUCGGUAGAAUGUUUUCCUCCCAGCAAGCUUGUGUGCCUAGCUCUAGAGUGAACGAGCAUUAUAAUCAUUCGUCAACUUCAAACAGAAGUUUCAGCGAUAGAAUGAGUCUCUCCCAACAAUUUUGAAAGUUGUUAGAUAAUGUAAUGAUUUGUUAAUUAAUAAGUAAGAAAUAUUUUGUUAUCAUUGCCAAGAGUAGAAGUAACUUUUAAUUUUCCACAUUUGUUAGGUUUAAGUAUAAUUAUUACUCUCACAAUGAGA